AGGACUGCCUUGUAAGUCCCCUAGCAGCAGCAUGGCCCCCCAGUGCUGCCCGGGGGUCAGCCUUGACUCUGGGAAGGGUGCCCCCUAGUGCCAGGCCAGGAUUGGCACCACCAUGGGGGCCAAGGGGCCCCCUGCUGAAUGAGUGGGCACUGCUCUGCCCAGUGGGGUGGCUGCUCUGGGAUCUCUGAAAAGGGCUCAGGGCGGCGACUAGAAACGCAGCGAGGGCGGGCUGGGCUGGCGCCUGCCCUCCCUGUGGGGACAGUCUGAGCCUGGGGCGGCUGCAUCUUUCCUACCAUGGCUAACACCCGGCUCUGGGCCCAGGCCGCUCUGCUGUGCGCCCUGCUGGGGCUGGCACAGGGGGGCCGGCAGCUGGGCAAGCUGGCUGAGAAGAAGCUGUGUGCGGAUGCCGACUGCAGCCAUCCGAUCUCCAUUGCGGUGGCCGUGCAGGAUUACAUUGCCCCUGACUGCCGCUUCAUCCCCAUCCAGCGUGGGCAGGUCGUCUACGUCUUCUCCAAGCUGAAGGGCCGUGGCCGGCUGUUCUGGGGCGGCAGUGUGCAGGGGGAUUAUUACGGGGAGCACCCUGCCCGCCUGGGCUUCUUUCCCAGCAGCGUGGUCCAGGAGAGCCAGUACCUGAAGCCGGGGAAGGUGGAGGUCAAAACCAAUCAAUGGGAUUUCUCCUGCCAGUGAGUCCUGCCUUGGCCCCAGCUCCCGACGCUCGCUUGGAUCCCGGCACAGCUGCUUGGGCGCCGCAGCUCCAGCGCUUGGCCCAGGGCCUGGUGCUGAAGUGAAUUUGCUUUGCUGUAGCAAUACUUCCCCCCCCACAGCCCAUGCUGGGUGCUCUGGUCCUGGGGCAGCUCCCUGUAGCUUCACCCUUACUGUCCCCCCCCCCGGGGCCAGUCCUAAAUAAACUCCCAGGCAGCAAA